UUUAUUGUCAAAAACCCGUUGAACUAUUUUAUUACAUGUACAAAAUUUUUAGAAAUUACAUUUGUUUAUAUCUAUUUAUAUAUUUAGUUGUAGAUUGACCAUAAAACUUGUAAGCAAUAUAUCAUGACUAAGCGUAGAAUUGCACAGACUGCAGAGGUGCUGCGUAAGCUUUGCAGAAGAGCGGUGAGACCCUUAACUAAUCAAUGGUACGUUUCCAUGAGCUCUAAGCCCGCCGAUGUCGCCAUGUCCAAGUUUGAGCCGAAACAACCUCUGCCUUAUAAGCUUCUAAGCGAGAAAUUGGACUGCGUAACACAUCGCCUGAAGCGUCCGUUGACUUUGUCGGAGAAGGUGCUCUAUUCUCAUUUGCAUAAUGCGAAAGAUCAGGAAAUUAAGCGAGGCGAGUCCUACUUGUUAUUGCGUCCGGAUCGUGUGGCCAUGCAAGAUGCGACCGCCCAAAUGGCUCUACUGCAGUUCAUUUCGUCCGGAUUGAGCAAGGUGGCAGUGCCAUCGACUGUGCAUUGCGAUCAUUUAAUCGAGGCACAGGUUAGCGGCGAGAAGGAUCUGAAGCGCGCCAAGGAUUUGAACAAGGAGGUGUAUGAGUUCUUGUCCUCUACCAGCGCCAAGUAUGGUCUGGGCUUCUGGAAGCCAGGCAGCGGCAUCAUUCACCAAAUUAUACUAGAGAACUACGCCUUUCCCGGCCUGCUCAUGAUUGGCACAGACUCGCACACGCCCAACGGCGGUGGUCUGGGCGGCCUUUGUAUAGGUGUGGGCGGGGCAGAUGCUGUCGAUGUUAUGGCAGACAUGCCCUGGGAGCUUAAGUGUCCUAAUGUGAUUGGCGUCGAGCUGACUGGCAAGAUCAGCGGCUGGACCUCAGCAAAGGACGUUAUCCUCAAAGUGGCCGACAUCCUAACCGUCAAGGGGGGCACAGGCGCCAUCAUUGAGUAUCAUGGGCCGGGUGUCGAAUCCAUUUCAUGUACAGGCCAGGCGACCAUUUGCAAUAUGGGGGCAGAAAUCGGGGCAACUACCUCGUUGUUUCCUCUAAAUGAGCGAAUGGUUGCCUAUCUUUGCGCCACGGGUCGAGGAGAAAUUGCUGCAGAAGCUUCGAAGUACAAAGCGAAGCUCCUGACACCAGACAAAGACUGCAAGUAUGACAAGCUAAUCAAGAUCAACCUGGACGAGCUGGAACCAUUAGUGAAUGGGCCGUACACACCCGACCUGGCGCACCCCAUAAGCAAACUGGGAGAGAACUCCAAGAAGAACGGCUAUCCCAUGGAUAUCAAAGUGGGUCUGAUUGGGUCAUGCACUAACUCUUCGUACGAGGACAUGGGUCGCUGUAUCAGUAUCGUAAAAGACGCCAUCGAACAUGGUCUUACUUCCAAAGUACCAUUUAAUGUCACGCCCGGCUCGGAGCAAAUCCGAGCCACCAUUGACCGUGACGGCAUGAUCGCGACAUUCAACAAAUUUGGCGCCACUGUGCUGGCCAAUGCUUGCGGGCCAUGCAUCGGCCAGUGGGAUCGCAAGGAUGUCAAGAAGGGCGAGAAGAACACCAUUGUCACCUCAUACAAUCGCAACUUUACGGGGCGUAACGAUGCCAAUCCAGCAACCCAUUGCUUUGUGACCAGUCCCGAGAUGGUAACUGCGCUAUCCAUUGUAGGACGUCUUGACUUUAAUCCAUUGAAAGAUGAGAUUACUGAUUCCAACGGAAAGUGCUUCAAGCUGAAAGAACCUCAGGGUGCGGAGCUGCCCGCGAAGGGCUUCGAUCCCGGGCAAGACACCUACUCUGCUCCUCCAGCUGACGGCAGCAAAGUCAAGGUUGCUGUAGAUCCCAAAUCUAAGCGUCUGCAGAUUCUUGAGCCCUUUGCGAAGUGGGACGGCAAAGAUCUUACAGAUCUAACCGUCCUCAUCAAAGUCAAAGGCAAGUGUACCACCGAUCACAUUUCCGCUGCCGGGCCCUGGCUAAAGUAUCGCGGUCACUUGGACAACAUCUCAAAUAACAUGUUUAUCGGGGCCGUCAAUGCCGAGAACAACGAGAUGAACAAGAUCAAGAAUCAGCGCUCAAAUAAUUUUGCUGCCGUUCCAGAGGUGGCCCGUGACUAUAAGGCCAACAAGAUCAGGUGGGUGGCCGUAGGUGAAGAUAAUUACGGCGAGGGCUCCUCUCGCGAGCAUGCCGCCCUCGAGCCACGACAUCUGGGUGGAGUUGCCAUCAUUGUCAAGUCAUUUGCCCGCAUCCACGAGACUAACCUUAAGAAGCAGGGCCUACUGGCGCUGACCUUCGCCAAUCCCAGCGACUACGACAAGGUUCAACCCACCAGCAAAAUAUCGCUGCUCAACCUGAAAGAUAUGGCCCCCGGCAAACCCAUCGAUUGCGAGAUCAAGAACGGCGGCAGCGCUGACAAGAUCCAGCUCAAGCACACCUUCAAUGCGGAGCAAAUUGAAUGGUUCAAGGCUGGCAGUGCUCUUAAUCGCAUGAAGGAGAAAUUGAAGUAAAUGUAAUCAAAAUAU